AUGGUUCCCCCGUCAAAGAAGCGCAAGCUUCCUACUACCGUCGGUCCUGCCUCGAAACGAUCCAAGAACACCACCAAGCCUUCAAACUCCAAGAAGAGCGCAAAGCCACCGCGCAAAGCCGUCGACGCUGGAGCUCUCGCUUGGGCUUCAGUCGGAGAAGACUUUGGCGGACUCGAAGUAAUUGAGGGCGUCGACGUUGUCAAGGAUGGUAGCAAGGUCCAAUUCCUGGUGUCCGGCGACAAGAACAAGAGCAACGUAAUCGACCCGCAACAAGAAUUUGUCGAUGGGGACCAAUCUUUUGAAGGGUUUGGCGACGACCCUGUGGAGGUCGGGGAUAUCGAUUCCGGCGAAGCUGGCAGUGGUCAAGACGGCGUGGAAAGCGAGAAGCCUCAAGGGAAGAAUAAGGGCAAGAAUGCAGAGCAAGAAAAGAAAACCAAAAAGCAAAACAAAAACAAACUGGAUGGGAAGAACGGUGCCGGCAACAAACAAGACGAGCAAUUGGUCAAGGCCGCGCAAGGCGUACAAAAGUCCUCUGCACGCGGGAACACGUUCGGCGCGCUGGCCGAUGGGAACGACGAAGACGACGAAGAAGUCGACAUGGCGCCCUGGGUUUCUCUAAACCUGUCGCCUCAGAUCAUUUCCGCCAUCGCCAAGCUCAAGUUCGCAAAGCCGACAAAGAUUCAGGAGAAGACGAUUCCCGAGAUUGUGGCUGGUCACGAUGUCAUUGGCAAGGCGCAGACAGGUUCCGGAAAGACGCUCGCGUUCGGUAUUCCUAUGGUGGAGAGGUGGCUGGAGAUGCAGGAGCAGGGUGUUGAGAGGACUGGCCCCAUGUCUGUGGUGCUCUCUCCUACGCGAGAAUUGGCUAAGCAGUUGGGAGACCAUCUUAAGGCUCUCUGCGACGGCCUUCCUAGCGCACCAUAUGUUUGUGUUGUGACUGGUGGUCUCAGUAUUCUGAAGCAACAGCGACAACUGGAGAAGGCCGAUAUUGUUAUUGGUACACCUGGUCGUCUAUGGGAGGUUCUCAGCGGCGACAGAGCUCUGCAGGCCGAAUUCGCCAAGAUCAAGUUCCUUGUUGUUGAUGAGGCGGAUCGACUUUUCAAGGUUGGACAGUUCAAGGAGGCUGAGGAUAUUAUUGGUGCCCUUGAUGGAAAGAGCCCUGGCGAUGAUGCCGAAAGUGAGGAUGAGGAGGACGACGAAGACGAAGAUGAGCGCAACGCCCGACAGACACUUGUCUUUUCAGCUACUUUUGAUAAGGACCUUCAGACCAAGUUGGCCGGCAAAGGCAAGUCUACAGGAAGCGACGACGAAAAGAUGGCGUAUUUGAUGAAGUGUCUCAAGUUCCGCGGAGAGCCCAAGUUUAUCGAUGUCAACCCCAUCAGUCAGAUGGCCUCGGGUCUAAGAGAAGGACUUAUUGAAUGUGGUGCUAUGGAGAAGGAUCUUUACCUUUACACCGUUCUCAUCCUCAACCCUGGUCGUCGCACUCUUGUCUUCACCAACUCCAUCUCAGCUGUUCGCCGUAUCACACCCCUUCUUACAAACCUUAACCUCCAAGCCCUCCCCCUGCACUCUCAAAUGGCACAAAAGGCACGUCUCCGCUCUCUGGAGCGCUUCACUGCCAACCGCAACUCUAUUCUUGUUGCUACCGAUGUUGCUGCUCGUGGUCUCGAUAUCAAGGAGGUUGACCAAGUUCUGCACUACCACGUUCCUCGAUCCGCGGACACUUACAUCCAUCGAUCUGGUCGAACCGCUCGUGGCGAAAAUAGCGGUAUCAGUGUUAUUCUCUGCGCGCCUGAGGAGGUUCUUCCUACGCGCCGUCUCGCAAACAAGGUUCAUACCGAGCGCAGUGCGGGUACCAAGAGAGAACACUUCAUCCAGACACUUCUUAUCGACCGCAAGGCGGCAUCGCGUCUUAAGCCUCGCGUGGACUUGUCCAAGAAGAUUGCCGAUACGAUACUUGCCAAGGAAAAGGGCCACAGCGAUGAUACAUGGCUGCGCAACGCUGCCGAUGAGCUCGGUGUGGAAUAUGAUUCUGAUGAUAUUGAUGAGAUCAACGGCGGCGGCCCUAAGGGUGGUCGUGGCGGAGGCCGAAGAAGAAAGGAGCAGAAAGCCCAACAACUUACCAAGGCGGAGAUGGGUGCUCUCAAGGCUCAGCUAAGAGAAGAGUUGAGCAGGAGAGUUAAUCUGGGUGUGAGUGAACGAUAUAUCACAGGUGGAAGAGUUGAUGUUGCUGCUCUAUUGAGAGAAGGACAGCAGGGAGUGUUGGAGAUUUUGAGCGUGAUUGAGGCUGGAUAUCUGUAUUAG